UCGAACCCACCGAAGGAAAGUAGGCAGGAUUCGCGAUUCUCCCCACAAGAAGAGAAGACGACUUUUUUACUUUUCGGUGCGUGUGUGGUUUCGUUUCUAGAAGAAAAAGAAAAACAGCCUCCUGGUCCAAGUUUUGGUGUUAUCGGUUUCGUGUUCUCGCGUCGCGGAAAGAAAAGUGAAAAACGUGCGGAAUUUCGGCGGGUUUUUUGAAAACGGCGCGCGCGGUUCAAAUGUCCGGUUCGGGAAACAUCCGGCGAGGGAAAUAAAAUUCACGGUGUUGGUUGUUGCUGGCGCGGUAGGCGCUGAAAAAAGUCAACCACGAAGACCUCCAAGACGAAGACGAAAGGCAAAAAGAGCUAGCAUCUGUCCGGAUCGGAGGAAGGUCUUCCGGUGGUGGCCACUGGUCACAUUGUCCGCCGCGGUGCAUCAGCAGUGCCCAACCCUGCCCCAAGAAUUGCCACCAGCUGACGGCCUCGGAGGGCGACGAUGAAUAAUGCGCCGGCUUCGUCUGGCCGGGGGCGCGGAGGCAAACGCCAGCAGCAGUCUCUGUACAGCCCCGGCAGUGGCCCGCUGCGGAAAUCGGAAAACUCCGGCAGCAAUCGGUCGCUCAACUCGCUGGGUGACGGACCUGCCCCGACCUCGGGGCGCGAUCGGGACCGUGACCGGGACCGUGAUUGGGGCCCAAGCGACGGAUGGCGAUCGGUCAAUAAAAAGGAACGCAAUAACAAAAAGCAUGACUAUUACGAUCAGCAGCCGUCCCGGCCCCGAAACGAUGCCCCGCCCGGUUUCCGACAGGCUUCCGAACCUCGGGUCCUGUCUACCAAUCCGCCUAACGUCAACUACAACCGGCCUCAGGAUCGUCUACGCAACGAGCGGGACACGCGAAGUGUCGAACCCAGCUUUGGGGGUCGCCUAGGCCCCAAGAAACCCAUGUUGCCUUUAAAUAUUGAGACCCUAGCACCUCGAUUGCAGCGUAAGAUCCUCCAGGAUCACGGUCUCCCGCUGGACUAUUUGGAGACCCUACGUAACGAGCAUCCUCCGCAGAGCUGGUCGCACACGCUUCCCAUGUCACCUCGCUCGCGUCCGCCGGGAAUGCGAGGUGGCGGCCGGAAUCGAUACUCAGGGAACUACCAGCAGCCGGGAGGAUACCAGCAGGACUACCGGGCACGAACUCCGGUGGAUAUGCAGCGUCCCCGGAGCCGAUCGUCGGAUGUGGGAAAUGACCAGGGUGAUGUCCAUCAUCACCAGCAAGUGCAUCCACAGCAGCAGGACUUCGAUAGACCUCCGCGGCCUAACAGCAGGAACUCCAGCUGCGAUCCAAACGAUCGAUGGAACAGUAACUAUGGGCUUCCCCCGAGAGACGGCGGAGGCCGAGGGUAUGUCGAUGAACACAUCCCCGUUGGACCACCGCCCGGAUUCCGCAAGGACAGCAAUCGCAGCCGACAGUAUUCGGAAGGCGGCAAAAUCGAUGAGGACGAUGGCAGAAAAUCUGCCGGAAAAUUGGACUGGGCUGACGACGUCGAGCGGGAAGCAAUGCAAGAGAAGACUACCAUCAACAACAAUAUCGGUCCGAACACGGGCUCCAACAGCAGGAACAGACGUCGACAUCGGAGAAACGGAAAUCGGAAAAAGUUAAAGGGAACAACCAAUUCCCGUUCCAGUAAUGACUUCUACGACGAAGGCGGUUUCAAGGUCCCCUAUCCGCCAGUGACGAAAGGAAGCGGAGGAAGCAGUGGCCGCAGCCGUCGCAAUUCACAGUCGUCCAACUUGAGUCGCGAGAAUAGCAUGGAUCGAGCGGGUUACGCAAGUGGCCAUCGUGGCGGCAGUCGUAGUGGGAAACAUUUUGGCAAUCGCGAAGGCAGUCAAGAUCGGUAUUACGAACGGGGCGACGGAGGAAGGUUCCACAGGAAGAGCGCAGGUGGAGAUCGGUACAGCAAUAGUCGAGAUAACAGUAUGGACCGUGGCGGAAAUUGGCAGAGGGGUGGUGGAGGUCACUCCGAAAAUUGGCGAGGUGUGGGCGAUGGCAUCGAAAAGACAGACGUAAAAAUCGCCGAAAUGACGAAGCAAUUCGAGGAGCAAAUCGGAAUCCAGAAGGCUCCUGGAGUGUUGGUGCUUCCACCGAAAAUCCCCGCUUCAGGCAAUCUGCCACGGGAUGAUCAUCUCAGGGAAGAUAAUUCAGGAAAUGCACGGACGCUGUUCGAUCCCAAGAACCCCAACAAGCCAAUCAUGAUCACUCCGUCUCAAACUCGCAAUUACAAUCCUCCGGAGAACCUAGACGAACUAGGAUCCUCUACCGAACGCAAACGAAUUGCCAGCGGCAACCAACUCAGCAGCGCACGUCCACCCUGGUACGACACUAGUGCACCUCAAGCCAACCUACUCCGCAACAAAGAUCUGGUCCGCCAGCUAGAAGCUGCCGAUAAUCGCCUUCAAGAAUUGCUACUCACCGGAAACCUAUUCCGCGAGUGGGACAUCUACGUCCAAAUCAGAACCGAUCUGCAAAGACUGUUGGAAUCGUUCCUCCUGACCGAAAUGCGUUUCUCCCAGGACAUCAACAUCGAGCACCACUUUUGGAAGCUCCUGUACUACAACAUCAUAGAGCAGUUGCGCAAGCUCCUGGCGGAAGAUCCGGAUCAGAACAACCGGGCCUACUAUCGCGAAAAAGCCACGGAAAUCAUCGAAAACGGAGCGCAGUUCUUCGAGCAGCUCCUUACCCUACUGGAGGGCAAGUUCAAUUUUUGCCUGGAGAACUACAUCGGACCGAAUGCGGCCACAAAUACUAAGGGGAUCAAGUGCGGCCUGGCGUUGGUUUCCGCCCAGAAGAUAUUCCUCUUUUUGGGUGACCUGGCGCGCUAUCGGGAGCAGGUCAACGAAUCGAACAAUUUCCGCAAGGCGAAACAGUGGUACGUGAAGGCCCAGCAGAUCAUGCCCAAGAAUGGUCGCCCAUACAAUCAACUGGCGCUGCUCUCCGUCUAUGCUAAACGCAAAAUUGAUGCCGUGUACUUCUAUAUGCGCAGUCUGAUGUCGUCGAAUCCGUUCGAAUCAGCCCGCGAAAGUCUGAUGGAUUUGUUCAACGAGACUAAGAAGAAGCAUAAGCUUUUGUACGAGAGCAGCCAGCGGAAGCGGGAGGAGAAGAACCGGGCCCGGCUCAAAGAAAAAGAGCACCGCUUCGAUGGGCACCUGCGGCGCGAAACGUGGAUCCAUCCGGAGGGUGGUUUCCGGGUGCACCGGACGGCGCCAUUGGAUCCGAUGGCCGGUCGGACCGGGGACACCAGCGAGGAAGAGGAAGAGGAACUGCGCCAGCUCGAUUCGAUCGAACUGAACAAGCGGUUCAUCGUGAGCUUCCUGCACGUGCUCGGGAAGCUGAUUACGAAAACCGGCAUGGAGUCGUUCACGCCCUGCGCCAUCCAGAUGCUGCGGGAGUUCCGGGCACUGAUCCAGCACUCGCCGAUCGCGGUCACCUCGCACCGGUUGCUGCAGCUGAUGUCGCUGAAUAUGUUUGCGAUCGAGAUCACCAAGCUGAAAGACUCCACGAUUGCCCCCGGAGCGCGUUCCGAAGUGCAGGAAUGUGCUCUCUCGAUCGGACUGCUCAUGUUCGGUAUCAUCCUGGAGCGCUUCAUUCACGUGAUCCAGAGCGCUUCUUCUGGUGCCAGCGAUACCAGCAGCAGCACCACUUCCUCCAACAGCCACAGCAGCAGGAUCGGUUCUGCGGAUCCCUCCUCCGGCCCUGGCAGCAGCAGCAGCGGCAGAAACAACAAUGACACGAAUGAGUCACUGCUGCAGGCGAUCUCCACCAAACAGAGCGCAAUCGCCGAGAACCUCAAGGAGCUUAGCUUGGCGGCUGGCACGAAAUCAACACCUCAGUCCGGACAUCGGACGAAAGAUGGCAGGCUAAACGAUGGGAACGCCCUUUCGACGACUUCGACGACGGUGGGGUCAUCAAACAGCAGCAGCGAAGUCCGACAGAAAUUGGUGCUGCAGGAGGACGCCAAGGUGAUUCUUCCCGCAAUUAAGGUGUGGUGCGACUGGAUGCUUUAUCACACCGGCACGUGGAAUCCGCCGCCCUUCUGCACAGACUACAAAAUAGGUGCUUCCACCGGACACGACCCGUGGUCCGGAUUGUCCAACCUCAUGACACUGUUGGCCCGGUUGGACACCAACAAGGAGGUUCUCUCGCUGGAAUCGAAAGCAGAUUAUGAAGUCGUUCGACUCCAGGAGGACAUCACUCUGGCAGGGUUCACCCCUCUCAUGUACAAAGGCCCUGAGCCCAUCUUCACCCACAAAUCGCACGACAUGGAAGAAGCUCAGAAUGCCCUUCGAGUCCAGAAGCUGAUAUUCUUCGGUACGGGACACCUGUGUACGUGCAAACCGCCGGUGCUACAAAAGGUGAUCAGACAGGCGGGCGUGGAAGAGUUCAUCAGCAUAGUGCAGAACCGAAUAGAGGGGUCGAGCGACUCGGAGAUCCUUCUGGAGAGCUUCAGCGAAGACGAGAGCGAAAGUCAAUCCCAGCAGCAUCAGCAAAUCAGUGGGAAAGAUAACGAAAAAACCAAAGGUUCUCAAGAUCAAGGCCAACGGAAGAAGUCCCUGAGUGGUAAAGAUUCGGAAAACAAUCAAAACGUAGAAAGCAAGAAGAAUAACAACAACAACACCUCCAGUAGUAACAGUAAAAGUGGGAAGAAGCGUAAAAAUAGCAGUCACAACAAUAACAACAACAAUAAUAGCACCAACAGUACUAGCAAUAGUAAUAGUACAAAUACCAGUAACAAUAACAGUAGUAACAACAAUAACGCUGCCGCCGCCCCCGUCGGAGGUGAUGUCGUCGAGCAGGAAGUGGCCGGGAAGAGCAAUCAGGAGAUCCGCAAGCUGCUCCGUCGGAAGGACGAACUGGAGCGGAAGCAGAAGAUGCAGGAAAAGUACGCCAAACGAUUCCAGGACAUUCUAUCGCAGAGCACGAUCGCCUUGAUGAUGGAAGUUCGUCCGCGGUCUCUGGUGCCAGAUACCAACUGCUUCGUAGAUUACCUAUCUGACAUCGAGAGUAUUGCCCGGGCGCAUCCGCUCUAUCAGCUCAUGGUUCCUAUUGUUGUGAUCAACGAGCUGGAAGGUCUGUCCAAAGGAAUCAAACCUGGCAUGACAACCGGGACGACAACUAACGCAACCGCAGCCGGAAUCAUCACGUCCAAGCUAACGUCCAGCGUAUCGGUGUUCCCAACGGCCAAAGCUUCCGCCACCACCUCCUCGUCCACAUCGGUCGACCGACGUUUCGACCCACUGCACGCCGAAAAGGUAGCCGCUGCCUCCAAACAAGCUUUGGACUUUAUCAGAAAGAAGAAUCCCGCCCUGAAGUGCGUAACCACGAAAGGAUCGAUACUGAACACGUCCACGUUCACCGCCGAGGAUGGCGACGACGUGCAAAUGUCCAACGAUGAUCGAAUUCUGAAAACUGCCUUAAACCUGUGCCGCGAUCACGUGGAGGAGAAGCGAGGAGAGGUCCGUUACAUCUUCCGCGACGUGGUGCUCCUGACGACGGAUCGGAACCUACGGGUGAAAGCCCUGUCCAGCGACUUACCGGUACGAGAGCUACCGGACUUUAUCAAAUGGGCCGGGCUUGGAUCGGCGUAGAACAGCACCAGUUCCUCCGACCAGAUUGAUUUUCCUCCGCGGUCUCCACUUACCACGGUCCACGGUCGAUCGAUAGCAAAAUCACAGACAUCAUGAUGACAAACGACUACAAAGAAAGUACUAUGCUCUAAUAUUACAAACAAAUUUUCAACUAAUCUAGUGAAAUGUAAAAGUUAUCUCGUUCGUUCAGUCGCUCUAGGUUCUCUAUUUUAUUACAAUUGAUCAUUGUUUUAUACAUAUACAUUUAUAUAGAGUGUGCAGAAGACGGAACUCCGAUAGUGGAUAAUUAAUUUUUAUACAAACCCGACUGUUCGGAGCCAUCUUUCGUAGUAGACUUUUUUCUGUUUUUAUUUUUACAAUGCUAUUACUUACCUAAUUAUCCUUUAGCCUUUAACUGUGUUUCAGUUUUGAUUUACUCUCAGCUAGAAAGUAUAACUUAUUAAAUUGUAAUAUGUUUAAAGUUCGUUCGUUCGUUGAUUCUUAAGUAAUGGAAAAGUGUGUAUGCGAGAGGGAACGAGAGGCGUAGAUAUUUGUUUUUGCACGGGAAUGAAGACAGGAGAAGGGCAAACCUUACGACCGCGAUUAUUGACUGUUGUAGUUGUACAUAUUUUAAAGUAACUGUAGCAUCAGACAUGGUUUUUCAGUUUGUACUGAACUCUUCCUUCCCCUGGUUGAGCUACUCUCCUAGAAUGCAAGGGCAGUUGGGCGAUUUGCAAACAAGACGAUGUUAGUUGACUAUAUUAUUACAAAUUGUGAAUGAGAAAAAGCAGUAGCGAAGUGACAAAAUGAGAUAAUUAGAGAACAGUAGGCGAUGCGUGGAGGCACGCAUCUCUCAGUAUGUAGGGAAAAAUGUCAAAAAAUGAUUGAUGACACAUUAGUUUCGAUUUUUUUGUUUUGUUUUUAAAUGAAUAUCAUAUAGUAACAAAAGCUAAAAUCAACAACAAAAAAGAUGAAAAAAAUACAGAAACAAUUUACACUCAAAAAUACAAACCCGUAGAUUAAAUGAGACGAUUUUCUGCUCGAUAGGGACAUGCGUCAGAAGACAUGAAGGAGGAUGAUAACCAUGAUGAACACUAUCAGAAUAAAAACGAAGGAUAUUUUUCAAAGACA